GCGGGACACGUCAAAAACGGUCGCAACCCCCCUCAUUCAUCUCGCGUGUAUCUCAAGCUCAAUCACUCACCAACUUCGUAUCGCCACGGUGCUCGUGAUCCUCACCCCCUCGAAUUCUGGCUUGGCGUUAUGGAUACCAACGCGCUCAUCGACAUCGUCCACGAAGUAACGGGCUAUUUCUGCCAGUGGGUAUCAACUUUCCACCCGGAUAAGCUACCCUGUCAACUUGACGGCACCUUUCACCAUGGCGCAUAUAACGCCGGCAUGAAGAUGGUCUUUACUGACAACACUGCCUGGAAGGUUCAUUUCCCUCGUGUAGGAAUGACUUUCGGAAUGACUUUCGAUGACUCCACCGACGAGAAAGUCGCCAUGGAAGUGACCGCCAGCAACCUCAUCCGCAAUACUACCAUUCCCGUGCCGAGAGUUCAAGUCUGGCUCCCGCUGCUAGCAAUUCACUUGGCCUAG